GCACACAUCAUCAGUUUGGAGAGCCGAAAAAAAAGAAAAGAAAAAAGAAAAAGGUGCGAGCUUUUUCACGGCCGCUGAAGCCUCUGCCACUCCACAGUGGUGGUGGUGUCAGUAUCCCCGCGGCUCUCUCCGCCGUUGCUGCGAGCUGUCGCUGCCUGUCCCUGUCCCUCCUCGCUCCCAUGGCGAUGGCGAUGGGCGCCACGGCGGCGGCGUCCUGGGCCCCGAUCCCGGCGCCGGCGAGGGUGGCAGCCGCAUUCUGUCCGGGCGGCGGCGAUCUUGGGGCGGCGCGGCGGCCGCUGCGGGCGGCCGGGGGGACGCGGUUCGUGUUCACGCCGCGGGCCGUGUCGGACUCCCGGAGCUCGCAGACGUGCCUCGAUCCGGACGCCAGCACGAGUGUUCUCGGGAUCAUCCUUGGAGGUGGCGCUGGGACAAGGCUGUAUCCACUGACAAAGAAGAGGGCGAAGCCGGCAGUGCCAUUGGGUGCCAAUUACAGGCUCAUAGAUAUCCCUGUCAGCAAUUGCCUGAACAGCAACGUGUCGAAGAUCUACGUUCUUACGCAGUUCAACUCCGCGUCGCUCAACCGCCACCUCUCGAGGGCCUAUGGAAACAACAUUAGUGGUUACAAGAAUGAGGGGUUCGUUGAAGUUCUUGCGGCGCAGCAGAGCCCAGAGAAUCCCAACUGGUUUCAGGGUACUGCAGAUGCUGUGCGCCAAUACUUGUGGCUAUUUGAGGAACACAAUGUAAUGGAGUUUCUCAUUUUGGCUGGAGAUCACCUGUAUCGCAUGGAUUACCAAAAGUUCAUUCAAGCCCAUAGAGAAACAGAUGCUGAUAUCACUGUUGCUGCACUGCCCAUGGAUGAACAACGUGCUACAGCAUUUGGCCUUAUGAAAAUUGAUGAUGAAGGGAGGAUAAUUGAAUUUGCAGAAAAGCCAAAAGGAGAGAAGUUGAAAUCAAUGAUGGUUGACACUACCAUACUGGGCCUUGAUACUGAGAGGGCAAAGGAAAUGCCUUAUAUUGCUAGUAUGGGAAUCUAUGUUUUUAGCAAAGAUGUGAUGCUUAAGCUUCUCCAUGAAAAUUUCCCUGCCGCAAAUGACUUUGGAAGCGAGGUUAUUCCUGGAGCAACAGAAAUUGGAUUGAGGGUACAAGCUUACUUAUAUGAUGGUUACUGGGAAGAUAUCGGUACUAUAGAAGCAUUCUACAAUGCAAACUUGGGGAUAACCAAGAAACCUGUGCCAGAUUUUAGCUUCUAUGACCGUUCUUCCCCAAUUUAUACGCAACCUCGAUACUUGCCUCCAUCAAAGGUUCUUGAUGCUGAUGUGACAGAUAGUGUUAUUGGUGAAGGCUGUGUCAUUAGACAUUGCACAAUCAACCAUUCUGUGGUUGGACUACGGUCCUGUAUAUCUGAAGGUGCAGUGAUAGAGGACUCUCUGCUAAUGGGUGCAGACUAUUAUGAGACGGAGAAUGACAAGAAAACCCUUUCUGAGACUGGUGGCAUUCCCAUUGGUAUUGGAAAGAAUGCACACAUCAGAAAAGCAAUAAUUGACAAGAAUGCUCGUAUUGGAGAAAAUGUGAAGAUAAUCAAUGUCGACAACGUCCAAGAAGCUUCAAGGGAGACAGAAGGGUACUUCAUCAAAAGCGGCAUUGUCACUGUGAUCAAGGAUGCCCUGAUCCCUAGUGGAACAGUCAUAUAAAGGCGUCAUUCACCAAUGUACAUAAGGUUGGGCCUUGCAGCAUAUGUUGAUCUCAGGUGCACAUCAAGUAAUCAACUUUUUAAGACCGGGGUUCACCAAGCUCUCCAUCAAUUUGCAAAGAUAUCAUAAAAAACAAAUAAAAAAAAUAAAAACAGUGCCCCUCAAGGCACAGUUUUACUGUUACUAGUAUGAGCAGCCGCUCUAGAGACUAGAGGUGUUGUCGAGUCUGAAAACAGCGUCUGAAAUGUGGAUAUUUUGAUGUGUAUAAUCUUAUCCUUUUGCAUGAUCAGAUUUAAAUAUUCUGUGUU